GCAACAUUUCCCUACCACUGGCAACCUCACAGUCAGAAGAGGAAGAGACAGGAAGAGGGGAGGGCCACACGCGUCUUCUGCUCCUCGUAUCCUCCCACCAGAUCAGAGGAGCAAAGGGGUUUCAUCAUAUAUUGCGUUGGGCUCUCACAGUCACACACAACAUGAAUCCCUCCUCGAAAGGCUAUUCCAUGCCCUCACAAGGUGGUCAGCUGCUGCAAAUCAAACUGCUUCAGAGGGAAAGACACAACCCUCCAGUGGACUACACCAAGAACUACAACCACUUCGCCGGGGCACGCUACGUCAUAGAGUGUGGCAUAAAGCUGAAGGCCAGUGUGUUGACCAUCGCCACGGCUGCCACCUACUACCACAAGUUCUACAAUGUCGCCACGCUGGAGGAGUACGAACCUUACCUCAUCGGCUCCACCUGCAUCUACCUGGCAUCAAAGGUGGAAGACGACGACAUUAAAAUCCGGGAUAUCAUCAAUGUGGGGAUCAGCUGUGUGCGGCGCGGGGAGCCUCCUCUCUCACUGGACCCUUACUUCUCCAUGCGGGACUCCCUCAUCCAGGCUGAGCUGCUGCUGAUGCGUGUGCUGGGGUUCAAGAUGAAGGUGGAUCUGCCCCACAAGUAUAUGUUGCACUACCUUCUGUCCCUCAAGGAGUGGCUUGGUGUGGACUCCUUCAAUGACCUUCCACUAGUGCACUUUUCCUGGACUGUUCUGCAGGAUAUUUACCACUCACCCAUCGUCCUCAGUUACUCCCCUCAGCUGAUCGCCGCCACCGUCAUCCAUCUUGCCCUUCAGGUGUAUGGUAUGACCGUGCCUGGCGACGAUGAAAUUAAUGAGCGGGCCUGGUUCACGGUGCUGCACCCAGACUGCACCUCCAGGGCUGUGUGGGGACUCAUCGCCGAGAUCCUCAUGGUGUACAAAGAGGAGCAGGACCUGGUCAUGGUGUCAGUGUGAUGUGUGUGGUAUCUCGAAAGUGCUUUGUGCAAUGUGAGUGAUUCUUUUUAUGUAUAAGAAGGUAAGGUAGACUAAAAGGUAAGAACAAAUGGUGAAAAUAAAUUGACUGCUAUAUGUUCAUGCAUGUGGUGAGGACAUUGAGAUCACCAAAAGUUUCAUGUACCUGCUAGCGUGGCAUGACAUUGAUUGGUCUUGCCUGGAAGUCACUCAACAGAUUGGCCUGGCCCACGGUGUUAUGGACUCGCUCAACAUGAGUAUUUGGCAUUGUCAGUAUCUGUGCAGGCGGACAAAGAUUUGUAGCUUUUAAGUCGCUUGUGCUCCUUUUCCUACUGUAUGGCUGUGAGACAUGGGGCAAGUUGAUCAAUCCUGCCGGGAGGGGCUUGAGAUGGAGAGGGUAGAUGCGUGGAACCUUGCUCUGGGGGACUGUCAGGGAUGGAGGUGGUUAGUGAGUGAUGUGCCCCCAGGCGUAUGCUCCCCAUUAAUAAGUUAUACAGAUGAAAGAAAGUCAAAAAGAAAAAUCCUGGAAACUGAAGUGCAAAAUAAUCUUCAUUGUUCUUUUAAUUCUUCCAACUUGUGUCAUGCCAUAUCUGCCAUUUUUAUUCUAGGGGAAGUAACAAUUGACAGUGAAAAAUUAGUGCUUUUAAUACUUUAUGUAUGGAGAUGUAUAACUCUUAUUUAAAAUAUACCUUGCUACAAUA